AUGGAGCGGCUGCAGAAGCAACCACUUACCUCCCCCGGGAGCAUCAGCUCCUCCCGAGACUCCAGUGUUCCCGGUUCUCCCUCCAGCAUCGUGGCCAAGAUGGACAACCAGGUGCUGGGCUACAAAGACUUGGCCGCCCUCCCCAAGGACAAGGCCAUCCUGGACAUCGAGCGGCCUGACCUCAUGAUCUACGAGCCCCACUUCACCUAUUCUCUCCUGGACCACGUGGAGCUGCCCAGAAGCCGGGAGCGCUCGCUGUCACCCAAAUCCACAUCCCCCCCUCCGUCCCCAGAGGUGUGGGCGGAGAGCCGGUCCCCUGGAACCAUCUCUCAGGCUACAGCCCCAAGGACCACUGGGACGCCCCGAACCAGCCUGCCCCAUUUCCACCAUCCUGAGACCACCCGCCCAGACUCCAACAUCUACAAGAAGCCACCCAUCUACAAGCAGAGAGAGUCCAUGGGAGGCAGCCCUCAGAGCAAGCACCAGAUUGAGGACCUCAUCAUCGAGUCAUCUAAGUUCCCUGCAGCCCAGCCCCCCGACCCCAACCAGCCAGCCAAGAUCGAGACUGACUACUGGCCAUGCCCCCCAUCACUGGCUGUUGUGGAAACAGAAUGGAGGAAGCGGAAAGCAACCCGGAGAGGCGCAGAGGAGGAGGAGGAGGAAGAAGACGAUGACUCCGGGGAGGAGAUGAAGGCUCUCAGGGAGCACCAGAGAGAGGAACUCAGUAAGGUCACUUCCAACUUGGGAAAGAUGAUCUUGAAAGAAGAGAUGGAAAAGUCAUUGCCUAUCCGGAGGAAAACCCGCUCCCUGCCCGACCGGACACCCUUCCAUGCCUCCUUGCACGGUGGAACAUCAAAGUCAUCUUCCCUCCCGGCCUACGGCAGGACCACCCUGAGCCGGCUGCAAUCCACAGACUUCAGCCCGAGCGGGAGUGAGGCCGGAAGCCCAGGCCUGCAGAACGGAGAGGGCCAGAGGGGGAGGAUGGACCGGGGAAACUCCCUGCCCUGUGUGCUGGAGCAGAAGAUCUAUCCCUACGAAAUGCUGGUGGUGACCAAUAAGGGGCGAACCAAGUUGCCUCCAGGAGUGGAUCGGAUGAGGCUGGAGAGGCACCUGUCGGCAGAGGACUUCUCCAGGGUGUUCGCCAUGUCCCCCGAAGAGUUCAGCAAGCUGGCCCUGUGGAAGCGGAACGAGCUCAAGAAGAAGGCCUCGCUCUUCUGA